GUUAUUUUCUCUUUCGGGAUGGACGAAGAACUGAUAAGAUCAUAAAAGUACAUUUUUUAUUUAUUAGACUCUUGUAUUUAUAUUGACUUUUAAUGAUUUAAAUGUUUAUUAAAUAAUUUUUCUUCUGGAGACACGAGUUACUACUAUUUUUUUUUAUAGGAAGGAAAAUUACGGUAUCAAAAUGCAUUUUACCAAGCUCGGAAAAAGAAACAAAGCUUACAAGUGAAGUCACAUACUUUAAGCCCAAUAAUCACAUGGAUCCUGAAUAUAACAACUUGACCCUCAACCAAAGCAAAAAGAACAAAACAAAAAGAAAAAUAAAGGAGCAGCUACUCAUUGUUCUUGCGGGUAAAACACAAAGUUCUCCACCGACUUUCGUGGGUACCAAACUGUCAAGCAAGAGAUGAUGAAGAUGAAAUUGGAUAAUUAUCGGAGCAAAAUACUCGGUGUAGUGGAGAUAAUGAAUGGAGGUUUCUUAUCUUUUUGUUGGGGUUCUGGGGAGUUAUCAAAUUCAUAUUUUUUUGGGAUUUUUCUGGGCUAGGUUUGAGGAAUAAAUUGAAGAUAUUCAUCUGAGGUAAAGGAGAGACGAAAGUGAAAAAGCACAGAGAAGGAGCAGCGGAUUUCAUGCGAGCAAAUCUGGGGGCAGUGGAGUUCGUGGCAUCUUCCUUUUUCUUUGUUUGUUUAUCUGUGAUAGAAAUUCGAAGAAUCAACGAUUAAGAGAAUUUGCAACAAGGAACCAGGGACAUAUAAUUAUCCUUUUUCUACAUCUUUUGUAGCUAAAAGGACUCGUGCUCAAAUACUGGAGCAAGCUCGUCAGAUUCCGUUGCCUCUAAGUGAGAGUUCAUCUUCGGAAGAGGAAACUGAAGAAAUUUUUGAGAUGGCUGACCGUACCUUAAAGCAGCUCGUUGUUCCUACAUUUGAUCCUAAUUUGAUGUGCAUAUUAGAUGUCAGGACACAAUGUGAGAUCAAGCCUGGGCUGAUUAGAGCAUUACCCACAUUUUCAGGUUUUCGCAAUACUAGUUCCUUGGGUUCAGUUUACAUGAAUGAGGCGAACAUAUUUUUAAAGGAAUUUCACACAGCAUGUUCGAGGAUGAAACCUGCUGGUGUAACCCUUGAUCAGCUCAAGUUAAAGGCAUUUCCUUUUGCUUUAACUGAUGCUGCCAAGGAGUGGUUGUUCGGACUGCCUGCAGGAACCAUCACAACUUGGCUCAGAUGCAAGAAAAAUUCAUAAAAAAAUAUUUUCCGGCAUCUUUAGCAGCAAACAUUAGGAAAGAAAUAUGUGGGAUUCGACAAGAAGAUGAAGAGCACUUCAUGAGUAUUGGGAGCGUUUCAAAAAGCUAUGUAAUAGCUGUCCUAACCAUUAGAUCAGUGAGAAAUUACUAGUGUAGUAUUUUUAUGAAGGGCUAACGGAGUCGAAUCGGAACCUAACUGAUGCUGCAAGUGGCGGAGCAUUGGUUGAUAAGACACCCACAGAGGCAAAGACGCUGAUUGCAAACUUGGCAGCAAACUCUCAAUAUCGAGGAGGUCGAAAUAUCAAGUCCGGUUUGUACGUCAAGUUAAUGAAGUAGUGAGUUCUAACUUCGAGCAACAAUUAGAUAAACUCACUUCCUUAGUGGCCUGGAGCGAUGAUGAUUGAAAAAUGGCAAGAAAAAGUUUGUGGCAUAUGUUCGAUAGCAGGACAUCCAACUGACAUGUGCCCACUAUGCAAGAGGAACAAGUGAAUUCUGUUGGUGAUGUCCAAGGGCAGCAAAGACGUUAUGAUCCAUUCUUUCAGACCUAUAAUCCGGGUGGAGAGAUCAUCCAAAUUUGAGAUAUGGAAAUAAUGUUCAGCAACAGGCAGCAAUAUCAGCCGCGACCUCAAAAUCAGCAAGUUUCCCAUCCACAAUCUGGUAGCUUAUCUCUAGAAGAAAUCGUGAAGGCAAUGGCUGACAACACUUUGCAUUUUCAUCAAGAAACAAGAAGUGGAUUAAAGAACUUGGAGAACCAAGUUUCUCAGUUGGCUAACACAGUGGGAAAGCUCCAAGCUCAGAACUCUAACAAGAUUCCGAGUCAACCAGAGAGAAAUCCGAAGGAGAAUACAAGCGCCAUAUCACUUAGAAGUGGCAAGCAGCUGGAGGUCCUGGAAAAAAGCAAGAGUGAAGUGCUGGAAGAGGAACAAGAGACUAUUGUUCCAGGAAAAAAUGAGCAGCCCUCUGAGGUAAGUGAUGUUGUUUCAUCUAAAACUAACCAUUUUUCUUCUUCUGUUCCUUUCCCUAGUAGGUUAACUUCUAAGGAUAAGAAGAAAGAGAUGGAAAAGGAGGUGAUAGAUGUAUUUCGCAAGGUAGAGGUGAACAUAUCUUUACUGGAAGCCAUUAGACAAGUGUCGUGUUAUGCAAAGUUUCUGAAGGAUUUGUGCACUAACAAGCGAAAAUUAAAUGGAGAUGAAAAGGUCAGUGUAAGUGAGAACAUAUCUGCUUUUUUACAAAGGAAAAUUCCUCCCAAGUGUAAGGAUCCAGGUCUUUUUACUAUACCUUGUAGAAUAGGUAACACGAGAUAUGAGAGGUGCAUGUUAGACUUAGGAGCUCCUAUUAAUGUGGUGCCUUUAUCUAUUUAUAAAGCUCUAAACUUAGGACCUUUAAAAGAUACUCGUGUGAUUAUCCAACUUGCUGACCGUUCUAAUACUUAUCCUUUAGGAGUGAUUGAGGAUGUCUUAGUAAAAGUAAAUGAACUUGUGUUUCCUGUUGAUUUUUAUGUGUUAGAUAUGCCAAAUGAUGAAUCCUCUAAUGCAACACCAAUCUUAUUAAGGAGGCCUUUUAUAAAAACAUCUAGAACCAAGAUUGAUGUUCAUAGUGGGAUUUUGACCAUGGAAUUUGAUAGGGAGGUUAUCCGAUUUAAUUUAUUUGAUGCCAUGAGAUAUCCCUCUUAUUGUGAAUCUGUUUCUACUAUAGAUGUCAUUGAUGCAUUAACUGAGCAAGUAUUUUUUUCUCUCUAGUCAUGAUGCAUUAGAUGUUGUUUUGACUGAACCUGUGGAAAAAGAGCAAUACAUUGACCUGCAGGAACAUUUUGAGCUCGAAAAUGAUGUCAAGGAAGCUUUCUCCUCCUUGGAGGUGCUUCCAAAUAAGCAAGGAAGGUAUGCGGAUAAAUUUAUGAAAUUGCCUGUCACAUCUAAUAGACUUUUACCUUUUGUUGUACAGCCACCUGAAGUGGAGUUAAAACCUCUGCUUGACCACUUGAAGUAUGCAUUUUUGAGAGAGAAUGACACUCUUCCAGUCUUAAUCACAAGUAAUCUAACUCCGGCUCAAGAGCAAAAGCUGGUGCAAGUUCUCAAGGAACACAAAACAGCUCUAAGGUGGACAGUUGCGGAUAUUAAAGGGAUUAGCGCUUCUAUGUGUCAGCAUAGAAUCUUAUUAGAAGAAGGAGCUAAACCUGUGAGACAAGUGAAACGACGACUUAAUCCACCUAUGAUGGAAGUGGUAAAGAAAGAAGUAUCGAAGCUUCUUAAAGUGGGGGUGAUAUACCCUAUAUCAGAUAGCCCUUAGGUUCCUAUAGCUUCGGAGGAUUAAGAAAAAACGACGUUCACAUGCCCGUAUGGCACAUUUGCGUAUCGUCGUAUGCCAUUUGGAUUGUUAAAUGCCCCAGCGACUUUUCAGAGAUGUAUGGUUUCUAUCGAAGGUUUAUUGAAGGCUUUUUGAAGUUUGCACAACCACUAUGCAGACUACUCCAAAAGGAUGUGGAGUUCCACUUUGAUGAGGCCUGUAAGAAAGAAUUUAUAAGCCGAAAGACAAGUUGGUCAUUGCCCCUGUUCUACAACCUCCUAAUUGGGACUUUCGUUCGAGCUGAUGUGCGAUGCUUCUAAUUAUGCCAUAGGUGCAGUGUUAGGCCAGCGAGUUGGAAAAGCUCCCCAUGAAAUCUACUAUGCUUCGAAGACUUUGGAUGCGGCUCAAGCUAAUUAUACUACAACUGAGAAAGAACUUUUAGCUGUUGUUUUUGCUUUAGAAAAAUUCAGAUCUUAUUUAUUGGGUACUAAAAUUAUUGUGUUUACAAAUCAUGCAGCGCUGAAAUAUUUAUGGUCAAAGGAUGUAUCCAAACCUAGGCUAAUACGUUGGAUUUUAUUGAUUUAGCAAUUUAAUGUUGAAAUAAAAGAUAAAAAAGGUUCAAACAA